AGACUCCCGCCAGUAGGGAGGAGCGAGCAGGACGUAGCAGGUUGGCUGCUGGAGGCGAGGUCGGAGCGUGAGCGGCCGGGGUGAGGGAGCCGGGCGCCGAGGUGUGGCGGAGCUGCCGCGGGGCGCACGGAUAUUAGAAAUGGCUACUCCCCAGUCAGUUUUCGUCUUUGCAAUCUGCAUUUUAAUGAUAACAGAAUUAAUCUUGGCCUCAAAAAGCUACUAUGAUAUAUUAGGUGUGCCAAAAUCUGCCUCAGAACGACAAAUCAAAAAGGCCUUUCACAAAUUAGCCAUGAAGUACCACCCUGACAAAAAUAAGAGCCCUGAUGCUGAAGCAAAAUUCAGAGAGAUUGCAGAAGCAUAUGAAACGCUCUCAGAUGCUAAUAAGCGGAAAGAAUAUGAUACAAUUGGACACAGUGCUUUUACUGAUGGCAAAGGACAAAGAGGCAAUGGAAGUCCUUUUGAACAGUCAUUUAACUUCAAUUUUGAUGACUUAUUUAAAGAGUUUAAUAUUUUUGGUCAGAACCAAAACACUCGGUCUAAGAGGCAUUUUGAAAAUCACUUCCAGACACGCCAGGAUGGUUCCAGUAGACAAAGACAUCAUUUCCAGGAGUUUUCUUUUGGAGGUGGAUUGUUUGAUGAUGUGUUUGAAGACAUGGAGAAAAUGUUUUCUUUUAGUGGCUUUGAAACCACCAAUCGCCAUACCGUUCAGACUGAAAAUAGAUUCCAUGGAUCUAGCAAGCACUGUAGGACUGUCACUCAACGAAGAGGAAAUAUGGUUACCACAUACACUGAUUGUUCAGGACAAUAGCUAGUUCUUUUCUGUUUCCACUAAGCCCACGUAGUUUAUUUCUUCCUCACUAUGAUGAAAAAAUAGUUUCUGUGAACUGUUUUGACAAAUGCAUGAUUUCACUUAUGUUAAGCAGUUUGUUAUAAGUAUUCCAUAUAUUGAAAUUUUUUGUUUGUUUUGACAACAGACUAAUUACUAAUUUUUCUGAUUAGGAAAAGUUCUUUUAAAAGAAGAUCAUUUGCAAGAUCUUUUUAAAAUUUCCUUUACCAAUCAUUUGGCUCAUUUAUUUGGCCAAAAGACAAAACAACAACAACAAAAAAAUCCCCAAAACAACUCAGUUUGCCAAAUAUAUACUUAAAAAUUAAACUUUAAAAGUUACUAUAGAUUUAAAUUGUGUGAAUUUGAAUAAUAUUUGCAGUGAAAACUCUGCCAAUUUAGAACCACAUGCCCGGUAGCACCUGUGACUUGGGUUACUAAAUGUCUAUGAAACUAAUUGAGUCACUCAUUGAGGGAAACUGUUUGUUCAUAGUUAUUUGCCUCUGCAAGCUUUAGAAAGUGAUGGUUUGAUAUUUAUCACACAAAGAUGCCUCUUCAGUAGAAUUGGUGUAACAGGAACGGUUGUAUUGCAUGUAGUUAAGUUGAAAAAAGUUUAAAACUUAAAAGUAUUGUCAAGAAAUUAUGUUUAGUACUGGGCUAAUGAUUUUGUAUGGUCAAAAUCAUAGCUUCUUAAAACAUGUUUUAACAAUUCUUUGUUGACUUUCUAGGUCUUAGUAUGAAUUUUUUUUCCUUCUGUGUGUAUGUGUAGCUAUUCUUUUGCACUUAUCUAGAAAUUGACUAAUACCUCAUUCUUUUUGUAAAAGCAGCCAGUAAUUUCUGUGCAACCUUACUAUGUGCAAUAUUUUUAAAUCUUAAAAAUUGUGUGCUUUUUUUGUUAGAGUUAUUGCUUUAGUUCUGCACUUUUCCAUGUUAUACUCCAUAUGAGUAUUAAUCCUAUGGAUGCAUAUGAAAACUAGUAAUGUUUCAUGCAAUAUUGUGUGUGAAUGGGAGAAAUAGAAAUAUUUACAACCUGA